AUGGCUCCAAUUGUCCAAGCCGAAAACAAUUCCGUGUGGGAUUUUGUGAACAAGCACAAGAUUGCCCUUGCUGCUGCCGGUGCUUUAGCUGUAGGCGCUGCUGGGUACAUCAUCUACAACGCCAAUCAAUCUGAUUCUACUUCAUCAUCAUCAGGCUCAAGUAAGUCAAGCAAGAAAAACAAGAAGAGAAAGAACAAGAAGAAGGCCAAUAAAGAAAAAUCAAGUUUCCCAGUUGAUGAACAGGGUUUACCAAAUAUUACCGAUGAAUAUGUCAAAAGCUUGCCUGCUGAGCAACAAGAGGAAAUCUCUCUCGCCUUGAAGGAGCAAGGUAAUGUUGCCUUUAAGGACAAGGAUUUCGAAAAGGCCAUCUCUUUCUACAGUGGCGCUUUGCAAGUUAAGCCAAGCGAAGUCUUCUAUUCCAAUAGAUCUGCAUGUUACGCCGCUUUAGAAGAUUUCGAGAAAGUUAUUGAAGAUACCACUGCUGCUUUGAAGAUCAAGCCUGAUUACAGUAAAUGUUUGUUGAGAAGAGCAACUGCUUAUGAACACUUGAAGAAAUUCGAUGAUGCCAUGUUUGACUUGACCGGAUUGACCCUUUAUGGUGGUUUUAACCAAGAUAUGAUUAACAAAACCUUAGAAAGAAACUUGAGAUCUCUUUCCGAAGAGAUUGUCGAAAAGCAAGAAAAGAACAGAGUCCCAACUUUGCCAUCUCCUGUCUAUGUCACCUCUUUCUUUAGUGGAUUCCAAGCUGAUGCUAAAAUUGUUGCUGAAUUAGAAGAAAAGAACCCUGAACAAGGCUCUGGUAAUUUCUUUUUGUUGAAGGCUUUGGAAAACUUGGCUGAAGGUACCUCUGACUCUUAUGAUUUGAUGGAUUCCUACAUUAACCAAGCUGUCAAUGCUUAUGGUGAAAUUGCUAGCGGGGAUGAAAAUGCCAAAUAUGCUGCCAUUGCUUUGGAAUAUGCCGGUGCUCUCCAAUUUUUGAAGAAUUCUGAUUCUGAAGGUUUACUUUCUUUGGACAAGGCCUUGGAGUUGAGCCCAAGAGCCCGUACUUACGUUAUGAAGGCUUUGAUUUCUUCCGAUUCUAACAACUUCAAUGAUGCUUUCUCUCUUUUUGCCACUGCCGUCGAAAUGGAACCUGAAAAUGCUGACAUCUACUACCAAAGAGGUCAAAUGUAUUUCUUGAACAAUGACUACACUAACGCUAAGGAAAAUUUUGUCAAGGCUAAGGAACUCGAUGAAAACAGUGUUUACGCUUACAUCCAAUUGGCUUGUAUGGAACACACUAACGGUGACGCUGCCGAAUCUACCAGAUUGUUUAGUGAAGCUAGAAAGAAGUUCCCAACUUCCCCAGAAAUUCCAAACUACUAUGGUGAAAUCUUGAUGUCUCAAAACAAACUUGCUGAAGCCAUGGAUGAAUUUGAUAUCUCUUACGGUUUGCAGAAAGCUUCUAAAACUGUUUCCAUUGGUGCUUUGCCAUUGGUUCAUAAGGCUGGUGUCUAUGCUCUUCAACAAGACCUCGAAAAGAGUGGUGAAUUCUUCCAAAGGGCUAUCGAUGAAGAUUACAGAUCCGAAGAAGCUAAAUUAGGCUUGGGUCAAAUCAAGUUACAACAAGAAAAGAUCGAAGAAGCUAUCGCUUUGUUUGAAGAAGCUUCAAAGUUGUGCAGAAACCGUGAAUCUAAGAUCAGUGCCACCAGUUACGCUGAAGCUGCCAAGAUGCAAAUUCGUGUCUCCCAGGAUCCUGUCAUGAAAAAGAAAAUCAAUGAAAUGAUGGCUGCUUAUGGUGGCUUGCCUCCUCAACAAAUGUGA